CUCCAGCGGUCGGGCCGAUUGUUGGUUUCCGCGAGUGUCACAAAAAGAAAUUCGUAAAAAAUAAAUGGUUAUUGUGUGAAAUGAACUGAAUUUGUGAAUGUUCAUUGUUUUUUUUAUAAUAAACACUUGAAUGGAAUCUCAAUGUGACGUCUUUGAAGCUUUUGAUGCAAAAAACAGAUCGAGCUAUGUCAAUAUCGUGACGCUUCAACAAUUUUAUGAACACAUGGAUUAAGAUUCAUCGGAAAAUACAACUAUAUGAAAGUACUAAAAAUAUAAGUAAAGGUGAUAAAGAUGUCCCAUCAUCUGGUGACUGUAUGCAUGUUUUGCCUGCUCUGUGCAGCGCAUACCUGUGCCUCGCAUAUUGAUAUACACAAAGACAUCGUAUCUUAUGAACCAGAAAUAAAAAACACCGAACACAUGAUGGCUGAUCUUGGUAAACGAAGAAUAGACUCGCAGAGGUAUCAGUUUAAAUUGGACAAGAUACGAAGGAAGAGGGAAGUCAGAAAUGUAAAUCCUAACGCAUAUGUGGAACAGAUCUUCAGUAUAUAUGGUGAUGCGACCACAACAACAAUGAAUAUGACCGGAUUUAAUAGAAUGCUACAAGAUUUGGAUUUACAUAAAUUAGUGGAAGGUGGUGUACAGAAAGUUGAACGGAAAGUGUAUUUUUAUGGUGAAACUGAAGCGAAAGAGGAUGUUGUCAAUUGUGUAAGCAGUGAAGAGCUUGUUACGACAGUAAACUCAAGGUUAAAACCACACGAUCAUGGGCACAGCGAACACAGCGCUUCAGAACACGAGGCUGAUGCCUCGGUAUCAGAGGAUACAUUACAAGCCAUCUGUCCUAUCCUACUUUACCAGAAACUCGCCGGUACCUCAUUAGAAAAAUCUGGUUGUGUUAAAGAAGCUAACAUACCUUAUAGAAUAGAUUACAAAGAUCUUAAACCUUUAGAGAAUGCGUAUUCAAAAAAUAUGUACACAGUUUGGUUGUAUUCCUCUUUAAGUAUAUUCGCGAUCAGUGCUUGUGGGUUGUUAGGUGUCGCGGUUAUUCCUAUAAUGCACAAAACUUAUUAUAAUCAUCUGUUGCAAUUCUUAGUCGCUUUAGCUGUUGGUACGUUGUGUGGUGAUGCUCUAUUGCAUUUGAUGCCUCAUGCCAUGAGCCCAAUGGAGCAUGAACAUAGUCACGAAGAAACCGGUGUCGAUACCAGAGCUUCGCACGAUGAUGGUAUGUGGAAAGGCCUCGCAGCAAUGCUAGGCGUAGUAUUCUUCUAUUUUACCGAAAAAGGUUUAACAGUUGUCGUAGAAUGGAGGAAGAGAAGGCAGAAGUUGGAAGAAGAUAAACUGCCUUCAAGAGUCCGAGUGCUAAAAGAUGAAGCAGUAGGCUGUUCUGAUGGUAAACCAACAACGAAUUCCACAUCGAAUAAUAUUAUGAAGAUCUUCAAGAGAGAUGAGAAAGGAGAUCCGACAAUGAAGACUUGCAAGCACAAGUAUUCAGAGUACCCUUACUGUUACGAUGAGAUUGAUACUGACACACAUGAUGAGCAUCACGUCAGAGAUGGUCUACCUCCGAGUCCGAAGGCCCAGAAGAAGCACAACAACUCCGUCAGUGUGGUGUCAUCGAAUGCUCUCAAUACUGAAGGAAAAGAAAACGAGCCGACAGCGAAAGAUUGGCUGCUGAAAGCUGAGACCACUCCCGCAGUUGUCGAAAUGAAUAACAUUAAUCAUAAAGAAGAAGGAGCUAAAGAUUUAAAGGAUGGUGACAGUUAUACUGUAAUUUUGAGGGAGCAUUCGCGUGCCCACCACGGGCAUUCCCACGCGCACGGGCACGUGCACGCGCCGCCUUCCUCCAUGUCCUCAGUAGCUUGGAUGGUCAUCAUGGGUGACGGUUUACACAACUUCACUGACGGCAUGGCUAUCGGUGCUGCAUUCUCGUCAAAUAUCGCCGGUGGUUUCUCCACAGCGAUUGCUGUGCUCUGCCAUGAGCUGCCUCAUGAACUAGGUGACUUCGCGGUGCUGCUGAAGGCGGGUAUGUCGGCGCGGCGCGCGGUGUGGUACAACGUGCUGUCGUCAGCACUGUGCCUGCUGGGCAUGGUGUGCGGAGUGCUGGCGGGACACGCGCCCUCCGCUACAAGAUGGCUCUUCGCAGCCGCCGCCGGCAUGUUCUUGUACAUCGCACUCGUUGAUAUGAUGCCGGAGCUGAGUACAUCUCACAGCAAGGAGGGUACGCUGUGCCAGUGCUUGCUGCAGCUGAUGGGGCUGGCUACUGGCAUCGGUGUCAUGCUGGUCAUUGCUCUCUAUGAGCAUGACCUCAAGAACCUCUUUGGUGAAUCCUGAACCUCUAAGCAGCAAGAACACGAGCAGUCAGAUUGAUUGGUGCAAUCUGAACCUACAUGGUGAAAGAUGGACUUUAUUGGUGAAGGUUGAACCUUUCCGGUGAAGCCUUGAAUAACAGUGAUAUGUGUUUUAAGUGUAAAUGUUCCCCUAACCCAGUGUCAAAUUAUAUAACCAACUGUGAACUUGAACGCACUCAAAGUGAAAUGUGUAAUACGACGAAUUAUUUAAAAUGUAAGUGAUUUUCUUUCCUAACUUCAAUAUUGAGGUAUCAAACCUCGGACUGGUCAUAUUGACCAUAUAAGUUAACAGUAAUCGAAUAAAAUAAUCGAAUCGUGUUAAGUACAAGAAAUUGAGUGUCGACAUCUAUUUUUAAUAUUUUUGAACACACCUCUAUAUAUGGAUAGGCUGUAUUUUGUUCCUAUUUGAUUAUCACCAUUUUGAUGAUGGUAGCGUUUGCAAGCGGUGGUGAGGAUUUGAACUGACAGGAACUUCAAAAGGCAAUUUUAUGUAGGAACAAAGCAAAAGAUAUAAUUUCCAAGCAAAUUACCUAUCCAUUUAUAGAAAUUAGUGUUUUUUUAAUCAUUGACAGGCAAGAUUUAAAUACAUAUAUACGUCAAAUACUAUGUUAAUGGAAUAUAUAUAUUAAUAUUAUGUCCAGAAUCAUUGAGUUUUAAAUUACUUUGAAGAUGCUUAUUCUUUGACAUCUCACGAAGACGUCAUGAAGACUCACUCUCAGUUUGAAAAUGGAGAUUAGUCUUUGGAAAAUCAAGAUAAAUCUUUAAAAAUUAUCUUUUACUAAAAUAUGAAUUCUUAUAUUUGUUUAUUAAUAUAGUAGAAAGAUGUAUGUUUUUUUAUAUAUGUAUUUAAAUCAUAUUUAUAUAUUUUAUGCAAAUCAAACUAUGUAAACAAUUAGCAAAUGCUAUUCAUGUUUAUCAGCCGUCUGACAUUUCCUUUGCUGGUUUUUUUUUCUAUAAAAUACUAAAAUGGGUGCUUAAAACUCCCUUAGUUUUAAUUUCUUUUGGUAAACAGUUCCUAAGAAUAUGUAUUAUUUCUUAGACAUACUCCUCAAGGAUUGUGUUCCAAUUUAAUUUUUUUUUUAAAUAAAUUGUGAUGUACUUAGUCUGUGCUCAACUUCCUUGUAAAGUUUAAGCAUUAACUUAGUUUACUUAAUCAUGUAACAGUUACUUAAUUAAUAGGAUUUAUAAUAA